UGCGCUGGACCUUAACUCUGACCGGGGACUUCUCAUGGUAAAGUGUUAGUGGGAAGAGAAACUUAGCGCUGCUGGUAAUCCAGACCAAGCAAAUAAAUACAUCCAGCCCUCUACUUUAUUGCCUUCCUUUUUUUUUUUCUCCGUCUUUCUCUCAGCAUGCAGCUGUUUCCAGGAAGGGGGGUCUGGGGCAGCAGUGACUCUUUCUGAGUGUCUCUAUAGAGGGCAAGGAGGACAAACACAUGAGCUGGCCACCAGAGUCAUGGAAAAUGCGUGUCACCCAAUUCCUUCAGAAGAAUAAACACCCAGCUUUGAUCUCCAUUAUUGGACUGCUUUACUCUAAAAAAAAAAAUCUUGAUUUGCAGUUGGUUUGCAAGAUGCCACCUGUAGGAGCUUCUGCUAAAAGUAUAACAGAAGAUUAGUUCACCCCAAAAAUGCAUGACUUCCUAUACAGUGCUUUUUUGAGCUUGAAACCAACUCGUCUUUCAUAUUACAUGGCAAUUAACAGUGUGAGCAUUCAUGUUCCUUUUGUUUUCUUAAAGGGAUAGUUCACCCACAAAAAAGAAAAUUCUGUCAUUAAUUACUCACCCUCAUGUCAUUCCUCACCCGUGUUACGCAGCACGUUUGAGCUUCAGCAAGAGCCAAUGAGGUUCAUUCUCGUGUUACGCAGCACGUUUGAGCUUCAACAAGAACCAAUGAGGUUCAUUCUCAUGUUACGCAGCACGUUUGAGCUUCAGCAAGAACCAAUGAGGUUCAUUCUCGUGUUACGCAGCACGUUUGAGCUUCCUCAAGAACCAAUGAGGUUCAUUCUCGUGUUACGCAGCACGUUUGAGCUUCCGCAAGAGCCAAUGAGGUUCAUUCUCGUGUUACGCAGCACGUUUGAGCUUCAGCAAGAACCAAUGAGGUUCAUUCUCGUGUUACGCAGCACGUUUGAGCUUCAACAAGAACCAAUGAGGUUCAUUCUCGUGUUACGCAGCACGUUUGAGCUUCAGCAAGAACCAAUGAGGAUCAUUCUCGUGUUACGCAGCACGUUUGAGCUUCAACAAGAACCAAUGAGGUUCAUUCUCGUGUUACGCAGCACGUUUGAGCUUCAACAAGAACCAAUGAGGUUCAUUCUCGUGUUACGCAGCACGUUUGAGCUUCCGCAAGAGCCAAUGAGGUUCAUUCUCGUGUUACGCAGCACGUUUGAGCUUCAGCAAGAACCAAUGAGGUUCAUUCUCGUGUUACGCAGCACGUUUGAUCUUCAGCAAGAACCAAUGAGGUUCAUUCUCGUGUUACGCAGCACGUUUGAUCUUCAGCAAGAACCAAUGAGGUUCAUUCUCGUGUUACGCAGCACGUUUGAGCUUCAACAAGAACCAAUGAGGUUCAUUCUCGUGUUACGCAGCACGUUUGAUCUUCAGCAAGAACCAAUGAGGUUCAUUCUCGUGUUACGCGGCACGUUUGAGCUUCCGCAAGAACCAAUGAGGUUCAUUCUCGUGUUACGCAGCACGUUUGAGCUUCAGCAAGAACCAAUGAGGUUCAUUCUCAUGUUACGCAGCACGUUUGAGCUUCAACAAGAACCAAUGAGGUUCAUUCUCGUGUUACGCAGCACGUUUGAGCUUCAGCAAGAACCAGUGAGGUUCAUUCUCGUGUUACGCAGCACGUUUGAUCUUCAGCAAGAACCAAUGAGGUUCAUUCUCGUGUUACGCAGCACGUUUGAUCUUCAGCAAGAACCAAUGAGGUUCAUUCUCGUGUUACGCAGCACGUUUGAGCUUCAGCAAGAACCAGUGAGGUUCAUUCUCGUGUUACGCAGCACGUUUGAGCUUCAAGAAGAACCAAUGAGGUUCAUUCUCGUGUUACGCAGCACGUUUGAUCUUCAGCAAGAACCAAUGAGGUUCAUUCUCAUGUUACGCAGCACGUUUGAUCUUCAGCAAGAACCAAUGAGGUUCAUUCUCGUGUUACGCAGCACGUUUGAGCUUCAGCAAGAACCAGUGAAGUUCAUUCUCGUGUUACGUGGCACGUUUGAGCUUCAACAAGAACCAAUGAGGUUCAUUCUCGUGUUACGUGGCACUUUUGAGCUUCAACAAGAACCAAUGAGGUUCAUUCUCGUGUUACGCAGCACGUUUGAGCUUCAGCAAGAACCAAUGAGGUUCAUUCUCGUGUUACGCAGCACUUUUGAGCUUCAACGAGAACCAAUGAGGUUCAUUCUCGUGUUACGCAGCACGUUUGAGCUUCAACAAGAACCAAUGAGGUUCAUUCUCGUGUUACGUGGCACGUUUGAGCUUCAACAAGAACCAAUGAGGUUCAUUCUCGUGUUACGUGGCACUUUUGAGCUUCAACGAGAACCAAUGAGGUUCAUUCUCGUGUUACGUGGCACGUUUGAGCUUCAACAAGAACCAAUGAGGUUCAUUCUCAUGUUACGCAGCACGUUUGAGCUUCAAGAAGAACCAAUGAGGUUCAUUCUCAUGUUACGCAGCACGUUUGAGCUUCAGCAAGAACCAGUGAAGUUCAUUCUCGUGUUACGCAGCACAUUUGAGCUUCAACAAGAACCAAUGAGGUUCAUUCUCGUGUUACGCAGCACUUUUGAGCUUCAACGAGAACCAAUGAGGUUCAUUCUCGUGUUACGCAGCACGUUUGAGCUUCCGCAAGAGGUUUGUUCUCGUGCGUCAAACAGGUUCGGUUGAGCUUCUGUUCAUGUUUGCUGAUCAAUGUUUAUAUGUGAAUAAAUGCCGAAAUUCAAUCUGUUCAUCAUAUAAAGCGAUCGUGUCUCUUCAGAAAAUUUGGAUUAAACCACUCAAUUCAUAUGGAUUAGUUUUACAAUCUCUUUAUGAACUUUAAUUGUCAAAGUGGUUGUUGUGUAAGCUAUCAAUGAAGGAACAGAAAGAUCUUAAUAUCUUAAUUUGUGUUCUGAAGAUGAACAAAAGUCUUACUGGUUUGUAACGACAUGAGGGUGAGUAAUUAAUGACAGAAUUUUAAUUUUUGGAUGAACUAACCCUUUAAGGAAAAACACCCCAGGCAAACGGGAAAAAACGUUCACAUUUUUUCGUAUUAUAAGUUUUCUCAUUUGUUUAAAUAUGCAAAUGAGGCAUUAUCAAUUUAAUAUGCACUCAUUUACAUAAAUUUGCAAAACAGAAAACUGAUCAUUGGAUAAAGCCAGAUUCAUCAUUUCAUUUUGA